UCACUUUUCGAAUCCCCUUAUGCGUGAACUCUGUUUCUUGUGCUCUCUCUCUCGAUGAUCCCAAUUUUCUCAUAUUGCUUUCGUGACGCUUUUCCUUAUGCUUUAAACAUUUAACCUAACCUCGUUCUUGAUUUCCAUAAUUUCGGUUGAAGCUAAAAAAAGAACAACGAAAAAAAUCUUCACUUUGCAUCCGAUUUUUACACCCAACAAAAAAAAAUCAUCACUUUGCAUCGGAUGUUUAUGGUAUGCGUCUCGUGCUCGUGCGUAGCUGAAACCCAUUUCGUAGGAAAUCGAAAAAUCAUGGGUAAGGGAUUUUCCGGAACGAAUCAAGGAUCCGAUUCCCGGAAAUUCGAGAUAGAAUCAUCAUCAUCAUCAUCAUCCCCUGACCAUCAUCAAUUCCACUCCAUGAACGCUCUUGAGAUCUUGAGAGAAACCGUUCGGAUUCUCCGGUACAAUCUAGCUGCUUUCAUGUUAAUCGCUGCUCUUUUGAUCUGUCCUGUCUCCGCGAUUCUCUUACCAAACCUCUUGGUUGAUCAAUCAGUCGUUAACUCACUCACUGUCAGGCUUCUCUUAGUCGCCAAAUCAAGUGGCCUUCCUCUGUUGCCUUUCGUGAGGAACUCGUGUCAGAAAUUCUCCGAGACAGCUGUUUCUUCUGCGAUGUGUUUCCCUUUGUUCAUCACUCUCUCGCUUUUAUCCAGAGCAGCCGUUGUUUACUCUGUGGAUUGCACUUACUCGAGGAGGAAAGUUGUGAUGAGCAAGUUCUUGGUGAUAAUGCAGAGACUGUGGAAACGUCUCGUGUUCACUUACUUGUGGGUUUGUCUUGUGAUUGUUGUUUGCCUCACUUCCUUCUGCGUCUUCCUCGUCGCCGUUUGUAGCUCCUUCUUCGUUCUUGGUUUCUCUCCUGAUUUCAACGCCUAUGGAGCAAUCUUGGUUGGUUUGGUGUUCUCAGUAGUGUUUGCAAACGUCAUCAUAAUCUGCAACACAACGGUUGUGAUAUCGAUUCUUGAAGAUGUCUCGGGGCCACUAGCGUUGGUUAGAGCGAAUGAUCUGAUCAAAGGGCAGACUCAGGUGGGUUUGCUGAUAUUUCUUGGAUCGACGAUAGGUUUGACGUUUGUGGAAGGAUUGUUUGAGCAUAGGGUGAAGAUUUUGAGCUAUGGUGAUGGGUCUUCGAGGAUAUGGGAAGGUCCACUUCUUGUGGUGAUGUAUUCGUUUGUGGUGCUUGUUGAUACAAUGAUGAGUGCUGUGUUCUAUUUUAGUUGCCGGUCUUAUAGUAUGGAAGCUGUGGAGGCUUUGGAAGCUUCGGGAGGCGAAACUAGGCCGAUUCUUGAAACCACCGUGGCACAUGAUCUUUAAGAAUGUCUUUUUAGUUUUUUUAGAACAUGAGGAUCCAAGGACAGUGCAAUGAAAAACAAGAACUUGGUUGGUUGCAUUUUGUGCAUCAGACGUAAAUUUGAGAGGCCAUGUAUAUGAAAGAAGGAUUUUUAGUGGAGCAUUUUUUUGUUUCCUAGGCUUUCUGCGUUAUUUCAUUUACAUUUUGUGAUCGUUAAAUAUUGUAACGGCACAUAAUCAUUCUUAGUUUGGUCUAAUUUUGGCAAUAAUCAAAUAUAAAA